AUGCUUUUUCAUGCAGCCUUCGUCACGGCUCUCACUGCGGCUAUGCAAUUAUCCAGAUUUCGCAGCGUGAUAGGUUCUAUGUGGUCUGUCGACGACAGGAUCGCAGGGCAGAUCGUGUCUGCAUUUUACGACAACCUGGUCGAUGGUUCGGGGAGAUCGGACUGCACACGAGCUGCGGUAGCGUUGCACAAGGGUGUGAAGUCGUUGCGCAAGAAGAUUCCGCUAGAACAGCAGAUCGUGUUUGUUCACAUAGGUAUCUAG